AGAGCACAAGGACAUAGCAUACACUGAACUCUUAUUUUCUAGAAACUCAUCCAGAAUCUCCACCCUCUGACACCAUGGUCAACUCCUGUUGUGGCUCUGUCUGCUCUGAGCAGGGUUGCUGCCAGCCCAGCUGCUGCCAGCCCAGCUGCUGCCAGCCCAGCUGCUGCCAAACCACCUGCUGCAGAACCACCUGCUGCCGCCCCAGCUGCUGUGUGUCCAGCUGCUGCAGACCCCAGUGCUGUCAGUCAGUGUGCUGCCAGCCUUGCUGCCGCCCCUCCUGCUGCAUCUCUAGCUGCUGUCAUCCCUCUUGCUGUGGCUCCAGCUGCUGCCAGCCCUGCUGCCAGCCCUGCUGCCAGCCUUGCUGCCGCCCCUCUUGUUGCAUCUCUAGCUGCUGUCGUCCCUCUGGCUGUGGCUCCAGCUGCUGCCAGCCCUGCUGCCGCCCCUCCUGCUGCAUCUCUAGCUGCUGUCGUCCCUCUGGCUGUGGCUCCAGCUGCUGUGGCUCCAGCUGCUGCCAGCCUUGCUGCCGGCCCUGCUGCCGGCCCUGCUGCUGCCUGCGCCCAGUGUGUGGCCAGGUCUCCUGCCACUCCACUUGCUACCGCCCCACCUGUGUCAUUUCCACCUGCCCCCGUCCCAUGUGUUGUGCCAUCCCAUGCUGCUGAAUCUCCAUUUUUGAGAACACAACUUUGUCCUUGCCUCCUCUCCACAAUGGAGCAUACUCAAAAGAAUUGAUAUUAAGAGAGGGGCUUUCUCAAGUUAUAAAAGAAAAAUCCCAUCUGAUUUAAUAGUGUCCACAUUGUAACUCAAGUCCAAACUCGCUCUUUUCCAAAUGACCUCAAUCAUAAUAUUUUAAUAAAUUAAAUAUUUAACAAUCA